GGGUCGGGCAGCGGGAUACAACAGCUAGCCCUCCCUGACGGCACGCCACCGCCUACGUUGCUUAGGGGUGAUGCGGGUGCAGGAAGUCCAAACAAAUUCGGAGCAGGGGUGAGACCCCGUUUGCUCUUCCACCAAAGCGAAAGGCUUGGGCAGAGUCAUGCCACAGAUAAAGGGUGAGCCGCGCUGGAGGGUUUUGCGGAGGAGGGAGAUGGCAAGCGAACUGGCAUCAGCUUCGUGACUCGCUUAAGGAACAAAAGAAAAGAGAACUCCCGCUUCUUCUAAACGCUGCCCACACGAGCCUGGAAAAGUUACCCUCUCGCCCACAACUCCCAGAAUCCCUCAGCUAGCCUGGCCGGGGGGCUUCUGGCCGUGGGUAGAGAAAGGAUUUCAAAGGCAAAACUUUUGGCGCGCCCUUUCUCCCGACCUCGUCCUCCUCCCGGAUUGUACUGACUAGGGUGUUUACGGGGGAUUGCAAGGGACGCCUCUUGUGGGCAUCCACGCAGCAGGAACGGGACUGAAAAGCAUCUACCACCCAAGCUUUUCCUACGGAUUUCUGUCAUCUCUGGCAAUUGUUGAUGAAGCAACACUACAAAAGGCUGGUUUUGCCCCACACAUCCUGGACGAAAUUUGAACACUUAUUUUCUGUCAAGUGAAUGCAGACUUUAUUAGUCAGCUUACAUGUGUAGGUCUCUGCGUUAUUGUGUUAGCCAUUGUCUCUAUGCAGCAAUGACAAGACUGGAAGAAGCAAACCGAGAAGUGAACAUGCAUUCCUCUGUCCGGUAUAUGGGCUACUUAGCCAGAAUUAAUUUAUUAGUUGCAAUAUGUAUGGGCCUGUAUGUCAGAUGGGAGAAGACUGCAGAUGCAUUAAUACUUGUUAUUUUUAUCCUGGGACUUUUUGUUCUUGGAAUUGCCAGUAUACUUUAUUACUAUUUUUCAAUGGAAGCAGCAAGUUUAAGUCUUUCCAAUCUUUGGUUUGGAUUUUUACUUGGCCUUCUCUGUUUUCUUGAUAAUAAUUCUUUUAAAAAUGACAUUAAGGAAGAAGCAACUAAAUACUUGCUUCUUUCCUCGAUAAUUAUAAGAAUAUUGUACACUUUUGUGCAGAGGAUAUGUGGCUGUGUUCAUCAUCAACCCACUUUGCUGACAACAGUUGAGUUUCUUGAGCUAGUUGGCUUUGCAAUUGCCAGCACAACUAUGCUAGUUGAAAAAUCCAUGAGUAUUAUCUUACUGGUUUUGGCUUUGGCAAUGCUGAUUAUUGACUUGCGGAUGAAGUCUUUCCUUGCAAUUCCAAAUCUGGUAAUCUUUGGAGUCCUUGCCUCUUUAUUGUUUUUUCCAUCUUUAGAAAUACCAACCAAUCCAUUUGCCUUGGGAUGUUUUUUUUGCUGUCUAAUAACAAACCCUCUUCUUGACAUCUACUUCAGUGGACUUUCAGUUACAGAACGUUGGAAGCCAUAUUUGUAUCGUGGUAGAGUCUGCCGAAGAUUUUCAGUUAUUUUUGUUGGGCUUGUUGAACUUAUUUUUUUCAUUCUGUCAGCCCUUAAACUGGGUGAUUUGGAUGUCUGGUAUUUUGUGAUACCAGGCUUUUCCAUUUUUGGCAUUUUCUGGAUGGUCUGCCACAUAAUUUUUCUUAUAACUCUCUGGGGAUUUCAUACAAAAAUAAAUGACUGUCACAAAAUCUAUUAUACACACAGGACAGAGAACAACAGCCUUGAUAGAGUUAUGGCAUCAAAAGGAAUGCGUCAUUUUUGUUUAAUUUCAGAGCGACUUGUUUUUUUCAGUCUUCUUUCAACAGCAGUUUUAGGUGCUGUCUGUUGGCAGAAAUCCAAUGGAAUCUUCAUGAGUGUGUUUCUAAUUGUGUUGCCUCUUGAAUCGAUGGCUCAUGGCCUAUUUCAUGAACUGGGAAACUGUUUGGGAGGAACAUGUGUUGGCUAUGCAGUUGUGAUUCCUACCAAUUUCUGCAGUCCUGAUGGCCAGCCAACCUUGCUUCCACCUGAGCAUGUACAAGAGCUUAAUUUGAGAUCAACAGGCAUGCUUAAUGCCAUCCAGAGGUUUUUUGCAUAUCAUAUGAUUGAGACUUAUGGCUGUGACUAUUCUACAAGUGGACUUUCUUUUGAUACACUUCAUUCCAAGCUGAAAUCUUUUCUUGAGCUUCGGACACCCGAUGGACCCAGACAUGAUACCUAUGUGUUAUAUUACAGUGGACACUCUCACAGUUCUGGAGAGUGGGCACUUGCAGGUGGUGACGUGUUACGGCUUGAGACACUUCUAGACUGGUGGAGAGAGAAGAACAGUUCUUUUUGUUCACGGCUUAUUAUAGUGUUGGAUUGUGAAAACUCCCAGCCUUGGGUUAAAGAAGUGAGGAAAGUCAGUGACCAGUAUAUUGCAGUUCAAGGAGCAGAAUUGGCUAAAGUGGUCGAUGUAGAAGAAACAGACCCUCCACACCUCGGCGAUUUUACCAGAGAAUGGGUUGAAUACAACUGUAACCCUGACAGUGGCAUCAGCUGGUUUGAAAAGGGACGUAACAUGAAAGCUGUGUAUGGAGUGUCAAAACGGUGGAGUGACUACACUUUACACUUGCCAACGGAAAGUGAUGUUGCCAAACACUGGAUGAUAUAUUUCCCCCGCAUCACUUACCCACUAGUUCAUCUGGCAAAUUGGUUCUGUGGUCUUAAUCUUUUCUGGGUCUGCAAAAUUUGUUUUCGGUGUUUGAAAAGAUUAAAAAUGAGUUGGUUUCUUCCCACAGUAUUGGACACAGGACAAGGCUUCAAACUCGUCAGAUCAUAGCUAUGAACCAAAGAUGAUCAGGAGUAAAAACUCUUAGAACUUGAAAACAUGACUGACAUGUAACUUUUUUCAUUUAUCACAGUUUACUGUUUGAAAAAGUGUAGCUACUUUUGUAGCUGUAUUCCUUUUGCUCAUUAUUCAGAGCAGCUGUAACAUUUGUGAAGAGUAAAAAAAAAUCUUCAGUAGAAAAUAAGGCCAACAUAGAUAUUAGCUAAAAUUUGUUCCUGGGUUGGAUCUGAAUUCUAUAAAAGCCAUUAAAUGGGAGUGUGCACUUGAGAGACAGGUUUGUGUGCUCAUUGUUAUUGGAGCCAUCUAACCUGUACUGGCUGAAAUUCUUUGCUUUUUUUAAAAGAAAUAGUUAUUCCUAUUACAUUCUGUACAUUCCACAUGAAAGAUGGAUGCACAUCAGUCUGAUGGAAAAAUUCCCCCCCCAAUUAAAGUUUCUUUUUCUGCAGAAGUUAAA